UAAUGUCUGGAUUCAUCUAACAGAGACAGUAGUAGCAGUAACAUUGCUUAAUAUGGUAGUGGAAACUAUUUGUGGAUAUUUAAUGAAGGACAUAUGUUAUUAACCACGUUGAAAACGUAUUGGGAUUUACCUGUGAUAAUUUUAGGAUUGAAUCACUAGUCACUACCAGUUAUAACAGGAAUUAUAAUAAAGAAAAACGAUAUCAAUGAAAUUAGAAAUGAUAGCAGACGAGGAACAACCGUUAUGGAAUGGAUAUCUAUAUCAAUUGCAGGGAGAAGCACCUCGACCCAAAGCAGUAUUGUGUAACAAACCUGAGGCAAAGAUUGGACGUCCACCUUACUUCGGAGACGAAUGUCAUGGACUCAUUUCCAGAGAAGAUGGGGAUAUUUUGUGUCAGGAAGAGGGCAACUUCCUUAUCCGCGAAUCUCAAAACGAGCGAGGACGGUAUACUUUAGUUUUAAGGAUUCUAGGGGCUGUGAAGAACUUCAAGCUAUAUUGGGAAGACGGACAGCAUUUUGUUGGUGACAAAAGAUUUGAUAAUAUUUACGACCUUGUUGAGGAUGGUCUUAUCACAAUGUACGUUGAAGAAAAAGCUCACGAUUAUAUUCAGAAUAUGGCGAAAGAUAGAUCGGUGUAUUCCAGCUUGAGCAGAGCCAGACAGCUACUGACACAGCACCUACCAAACUAUGGGCAACUUGUUCCACCGGUUACAAACGAUAGAAGAAUGAGUCCUCGUCGUGUUCCUUCAAUUCGGAAUUCGCCGCGGCACGCUCACAAUGGAAGGAACACGGAAUCAGCCGCAUUACCUUACACACACUACCAAAACCAAGCCGCGAUUGACCAAUAUAGUCAAGCGAGUACAGCGGCACUAGAAAACCAAAUGACUGCCGCUCGUAUUAUCACAGAAGAAUCACCGUACUUUCAAGACUCAUCGUACUCUAAUCCAACUCACGUUGGUAGCAGUAGCAACAGUAUGAUUCACAAUUUGAUGUGCAGUCGAGCUCAGACGUUCAAUUCAGAGUCGUUUCAAAACGGUGGACUUCGAGUUGAAUCAAACGGAGGAACGAAAAAGUCUCUCACCCCUACUUCGUCCGACGAACGAAAACGUCCUAGAGCUAAAAAGGUCGCCACAGAAGAAACUGUUCAACAGCAUCAUUACGAAGCCUAUAAUCAAUUAGGGCAAGGAUCUCCAAUGCAUGUGAGGCAGCCUUCUCCUAUGGCGACUUACGAUCACAGUCGAACACCGAGCAACAGCAGUGGAUCAAACACGGACAGUGAAGGGCGCAAACGAUAUCCUAGCAAACCAAACGUUCCGAUGCAUCUGCAGAAUAGGCCAUUUCACCAAUCGGUACCAAACGCUUCUCCGCAACGAUCACCAAUGAUUCGUAACAAUUCAGACACUCAGCUAACGCUGUCUUCCAUCUCCUAUCAAUGUUCUAUGCCAGCUCAACACACACAUACGAAUGUAGCUCACGUGAGGCAACUUGGAGGAAGCCAAGGCGGCAGAUGUAUCGCUAAUAUGUCAAAUGUUCCAGCGCAUGUUAAUUUAUCAGCAAACGGUAGACUAAAUAGCGCAGGGUCGGAAGAAAAAAUCGUACUGGACGCAAACGACAAUCAGAUGUAUUUAAGCACUGCCACGCCACAAUCAAGAUCACAACUGAAUCACAGCCCAAGUCGUGCUAGAAGCAGUCCCCGGCAUCAGGGGUUCGAUUCGUCUUCCGGAAGUGAUGCGAUUCCGGCCAAAACGUUUCAUCAAUUGAAAAUGUUCCAAAAAAGAUUAGAAGAAGCCUCUGACGACGAUAUAAGAAAAGAAGCGCAAGACGAGGUCAGCACUUUGCGAGGACAUCACAAGACGCCAGUAAGGUUGACGAGAAGCCACACCACUGCUGGCAUGAUGCCUAUUGUCAGGCCACAUAGUGGCGGAAAGGCGCCACCAAAACAAACCCCAAGAGAUAUUCACUGUCGUCAACGGUCUGAACCGGUCGAAUUGUUUCAGAAUCAUCAAAAUUCUCCAAGGAGAUCGGCAAGCGUUUUGAACAGCGGAGUUCAAGAUAGUGCUACUUAUCGGCAACAGCAAGCAUCUAGAAACAUCCGGGAACAAUAUUUAACGACAGAGCAAAAUUUAAUUUCUGAACUACGCGCCGCAAGUGGUGGAUCAUGUGAUUCAAGUUUGAGUAGCAUAUCGAUGGGAAGUUCACAACAGCAGCAACAGCAGACGUUUUAUAAGUCUCCUGAUUCAAUAAGCCGUUUGUCGUCUGAAGAAUGGACAGGAGAGGAUAGAGAGAGUUCUCCAUCGCCACACAGCACAAGUCAGCGAAGCUGUAGUUCAGAUGACAACAGUUUGUCGAGUUCUCGAGAUGGAAGAAAUCCUCUGGCACGCCAAAACGCAGUCAUCACUACUGAAGCCUCGUGGCAGCGGAGAUUAGCAGAAGAAAGAACGACCCGCGUAUAUGAGGAUCGUAAUAAGAAUGGGUCAGCACCGAUGGGGAUGGUGGUUAACAACAAGACUGCAUGUGUACCACCGCUGGAAUCAUUGAACGCUUCAAAACCGAGACGGAAAAGCUCCGACUUCGACACUGCUACACGACAGAACGCGGGUCUCAAUGCUAAGCCGAGGCAUCACUCUGAAACCUCGAGUGAGGAAGGGGUGCCACGACAUCUGCUGCCAUCGUCAGCACAUAAGCCGCUACAACGCCGUGCAACAACCGGCUCUCCGAAUAAGAAAGCGUCAGCGGCUAAUGGUUCCGUGCCGACUAUUAAAGAAGGAAAGAAAUUGGCUCAGAGAUCCAAUAGCGGUCCUUCACCGAGAAAGGGGAAGAAAAGCCCAGAUUGUCCGAUGUCACCCAGAGCGCAACACAUACACCAUCAACCAUCACUGUCUUCUCCCAGAAACGAUAACAUUCCAUACUAUGAUAAAGAACAUGUUUUUAAGUCUCACACAUAUCGUGGAUGGCAAUGGUGCGAAUACUGUGGAAACUUCAUGUGGGGUAUUAUACAACAAGGCAUGCAAUGUAGAGAUUGUGGUCUCAACGUGCACAAACAAUGUUCAAAGUUAGUGCCUGGUGAUUGCCAACCCGCAUUGAAACAUGUAAAAACUGUGUUCGGAAUAGAUCUGACUGCGCUUGUGAAACUUCACGGAACAGAAAUACCGAUUGUGAUUGAUAAAUGUAUUGAAGAGAUUGAAAAAAGAGGUAUGGAUUCCGAAGGAAUUUAUCGUGUAUCUGGGUUUCACGACGACGUCCAAGAAUUGAAACUCGCUUUUGAUCGAUAUGGAAAUGACGUUAAUCUGAGUGUAUAUGAAGACAUUAACAUCGUAGCUGGAGGUUUGAAGUUGUAUCUUCGGGAACUGCCAGUACCGUUGAUACCUUAUAACUUGUAUUCAAGAUUCAUAAAUGCGGCGAAAUUGGCAUAUUCUGACGGACAGUUGGAGGCAAUCCGAAGAGCUAUGGACGUCAUGCCACCAGCGCAUUUACAGACCUUGAAACACAUUGUGCAACAUUUGGCGAGGGUGUGCGAUCAGGAUGGCAACCAAAUGAAUGCGCAAAACUUGGGUAUCGUUUUUGGACCGACUAUGUUACGCCCUUUAGAAAAAUCGCAGGAUAAAUCUUCCAGGUAUAACUUGAACGACGCGCAAUAUCAAAAGGAAAUCGUACAGACUAUAAUUGAAAACAGGGAGAAUUUAUUUAGUCCACAUAAGGACAUUGUAUCUAUAAGAGAAACACACAAUCUAUGAUAACCUGACUACACCAGACUUGCAUAUGUUCACACUGUUACUUUGAAAAACAAAUGUUUAUAACGUCAUCGUGUUUAUGACGUCACACAAAUAAAUAAUGUGCAUAAUCAAAAUGUUGAAUCUGUAGGACGUAAACCGUGGACAGCUAUCCUCAAAACUUUCUUAUCAUAACAAGUUUGAGCUUAGACUUUGGACCGAAAAACCGGGUUAUUUCGUUUGAACUCCUUCUGUUUUGGUAUGUAUAUUAUGUUCCAAUUUGAAGUUUUGUUUUAAUUUAAAAUUUAUUUAUUUUAUUCCCAACUUUGGGUCCCCAAUCAGACACCUUGUCUUCGUUUCAAUCUUGGAACGUUCUGAUAUUCUAUUCAUCCAUGACUUUGAUAUGUUUUUCCUGCAUUUCUAUUAUUUAUUUAAUUUCAUUUGUAUGACAUUUGGCGCGCACGGGCAUGAGUGAAUUGGAGCUAAAUAUCGACGUGGUCAUGCUUGUUGAUAGCCUGCCUUAAUUCAAUAUAAAAUUGCUGGUGAGCUUUUUCUUUUUUCUGUCUUAUUUCAGCUUUUACGAUUCUUUCAAAAAAAAAAUAGUAUUUUAAUUCGGAAUUUAAAUUAUGUUUUUUUUUAAUUUUGUGAUAUUAUAUAUUUGAAAGUUUCUUUCCUGUGUAAUCCUAUACCGAUUCGCUUUAGUGAUGUCGACGAUUUUCGUUUUAUUUUCUUAGAAUUUCGUUUUAAUUUGUCUAUUUUCAUAUUCUGAUUAUGUUAUUAAUUAUUACGAUUAUUGCUCAACUGAUCCCUUUUCUUGAAAUAAUAAAAAUAUCGCAAAAGAGCCAUUUUAUUUUUACUUAUUCAUAUUUUUCCAAAAAAGAUUUGAUUGUUUCAUCCAUGCUAAUUUCAUUAGCAAUAUGGGUUAUUUAAGUUUAUAUAAUUUUUAUUUUUAUGGAAUUUCUAUCAGAAUGCCAUUCUCAUUUUUGCCGAAUGAGAUUGUGGCUUGAGUUGCUAGUAAUUUUCCCGUUAUUUUUUGUGGUAACUAUAACUUCUUGGAAUCCGAAAGAGUAACACACGGUUGCUGUGCUAUUUGUUAUAUUGCUGGCAAGUAUCACCACGAAAUGCUAUAAAAGGUUACGUAUUGAUCAUUCACAGUUUGUGCAAUUCGAAAGUAUAAGUUUUCUGAAAUGUUAUCAUAAGACUAAUUGUAUAAUUGGCAAAAUUUUUUGUAUUAAAAACUAUGAACAAAGGAUAAGCUGGAAUUGAGAAUUAAAGCUUAUGAUGCGUAUGUAUUUCGAAUAUGACUUGGAAGGUAUAGCAAACUUAUUAAGCUUUCAGCAGUAAUACAUAUUAUGAAGGCGUCUAUUCGGUUCACCAUUACUUUGGUAUGUACCCGCGUAUAGCGUAUCUACGUGAUUGUGUAUCUAUUUUCGUUCGCAUUCCACCACUGUGUGUCGUUGGGUGAUUUUUGUUUGAAGUCGUACUUUUUUGUUUCAUUACAUUCUUUGCAAAAAGCUGUUAUCAUUUUAAUUUGUCUUAAAUUUUUUCAUCCUUAGUUUUUGAUGUUUUUUCAUCGGAAAGGAAUUAAGCUGUUUCUUUAUGUAUAAAAAAUAAAGCAAAUGUGUCGCUA